AUGGCAACUCGGCCGCAAACGCCGGCUUCGCCCAAGAAUGUCAAAAUCAACUCGCCCGUCCAGGGCAUUCCCGUGUUCGGCUGCGAACAUGCACAGCGUCUUCUGAGCCAGAAUCAGGAGACUACGAACUCAUGCAUACAGCACUACAAGGCCAUCCUGCGCUCCAUAUUCGACAACGUUCCCAUAAUCCCCCAAAUGCGCAAGGACUCUGACGGAAAAGUCAUCAGUACCUUGACUAGCAAUUACCUUUGUCUGCAGUGCCCGGCCAUCGAGAAGGAGGAGACCAUGGCAAAGCACGGCACCAAGAAGGGCCACCGUUUCUUCAUCGACUCCAGGAGUGGGUCACUAUUUUGCCAUAUGUGCGAUGAUUUCGUCUGGGACCCAACCCUGGAGGACCUCCGGAACCGCAAGAUUGACACAGGCACAUUCUCAAGCCGAAAGAGGAAGUACGAUGAGCUUCUAGCGGAGGCCAUCAAGGAGGACCCCAAGAUCAUUACUGCUAAUACGAUUAUGCCGUCUUGUCGCGCAGAUGGCUUGCGUGGUAUAUACAACGCUGGGGCAACCUGCUAUCAGAACGUCAUACUCCAAAGUUUCCUGCACAAUCCCAUUCUGCGGAACUUUUACCUGAGUGACGGCCAUUCGAGCAGUACCUGCGAAGUACCGCACUGCCUCAGUUGCGCGAUGGACGACAUGUUCCAGGAUUUUUGGGGCUCCGAGGUUACUAAUGGUUACACGGCAGCAAACAUCCUGUCGAGCUUCUGGAUAUCAGAGAACAAGGCAUUCGAGAAUCUGGUGACGACAAAAGAGCAGGAUGCCCAUGAAUUCUUCCAGUUUCUGGCCGAGGAACUGCACGAGCGUAAUGGCGACGGCAAGAGGCCUGAGAUUGGCAGUGAGCACAGCUGCAACUGCAUCAUCCACCAGACUUACUAUGGCAAAUUACAGACCACGACGACAUGUCAGAACUGUGGCGGCGUUACGAACCAGGUACAGUCUUUUCUGGACCUCAGCGUAGGCCUGGAAAACCUGGCGCAGAAGCGAGGGAAGAAGGCCAACCACGGCAAGACGUCCAUGACUCUGCAAGAAUGUCUCGAGGACGAGUAUGUCAAGUCGGACAAAUGCGAGUACCGCUGCAAUAAGUGCGAUGGCACCCAGCAAGCGAGGCGCAAUACGAGCAUUAAGAGGCUGCCAAAUGUUUUGUCCAUUCAGCUCAAGCGAUUUGAGUUUCGAAAUGGGACCCGGGACAAGUCUGCAGCCAAAAUCGAGACGCAGGUUCAUUUCCCCUUGCAGCUCAACAUGUUGCCCUACACAAAUCGCGCUAGGAGCGCAGAUGCGAAGGAGACGUACGAGCUAUCGAGGUCGUGCACGUACGACCUUAUGUGCGCCGUCGUGCACGUUGGCGAAAUCGACACCGGCCACUACAUCUGCUACUGUCGUGUGGGCGAACAGUGGUUCACAUUUAAUGAUCACCGAGUGGAGCUGGCUUCCAAGGCCGACGUGCUGGCUGCUAAGGCGUAUCUGCUGUUCUACAUCGUCCGGACGCUGGCGUGA